AUGGUCAACGACCUGUCCAACAUGACGGCCACCGAUCCCAAUCCCGAAGAGAACUGCUACGAGAUGCCAGGCAUGAUCUGGUGGCCGCUCAUCCCCGCCGAGCGCACGCUGGAGGCCCUCGCCAAGCUCCGGCCGGACAUGCACCUCCAGGUGGCCAUGGCGUGCAUUGCUGGCAACUACACAAAGCUGUGGGACAAGCUGGCGCCGGAACCGUCCAGACAGCUGUGGGACAUGGCUUCUUGGGAGCGCGACGACAGC